UGCAGUCUGCUACGCGACGCGAGCCUCGCUCCGAUAAAACUUGCCACGCGAGUCUGUGCACAAUUCACUCGGCACAUAGCUAUGACAGAUCUUCACAGCAGGAAUGAAAUGACGAUUGUGACUUCGUUUUGGUUCGACGUUCGGUUGCGCGAAGACGUUACUUAAGUUGCGAACUGCUUGUGAUUGCAUGGAUAUGGAACAGUUGCAACCGAGAAUACAAAUUAUGCAGGAGUUCAGCAGCCACAAUGAGUUCCGGAAUGGGAGCGACUUCGCUCCCGGCUACAGCGACGACAGUGCCAAUGGUUCAGCGCUAGCUCUACCAUCUGCGAUGGUUUUCACCGAGCAGACGCUGAUUAUCGUCAUAGUCUACUCCGCCUGCUUUCUCAUCGCUUCGAUCGGCAAUCUAACUGUCUUCUUGACACUUUCACGUGGUAGAUAUCGCAAAUCUAGGAUCUCGCUGAUGAUAUGCCAUCUGUCUAUCGCUGACCUGCUCGUCGCUUUCUUCACCAUACCAAUUGAGAUUGGAUGGCGAAUAACCGUACAAUGGAUCGCUGGAGACGUGGCCUGUAAAGUAUUGCAAUUCAUUCGAGCUUUCGGCCUCUACCUCUCCAAUAACAUUCUCAUUUGCGUCUCGCUCGACAGGUACUUUGCGGUGCUUUAUCCGCUGCGCAUGAACGACGCGAGGAGACGAGGCAAAUUCAUGCUCACCGUCGCUUGGGUUUCCAGCAUCGUUUACACGAUACCUCAAAGCAUCGUGUUCCACGUGUCGACUCACCCGCAGCACAAAAAUUUCACCCAGUGCGUGAGCUUCGAGUCUUUUCCGUCGGAUCUCUUUGAGAAAAUCUACAACGUGUUCUGCAUCGUGACAAUGUACUUCAUACCGCUGACUAUCAUUUGCUGGGUAUACCUGCAGAUCCUCUGCGAAAUAAGCAGUAAAUCAAAGGACAGCAAACCAGACAUCAUAAUGUCCAACAGCGACGGCACGAUCAGCACGUCCAACGCCAAUCAGAAGAACCGAAUGCGUCUGCGUCGCUCGGACAUGUCGAGCAUCGAGAGAGCUCGCAGUCGCACGUUGAAGAUGACCAUCAAAAUCGUCGUCGCCUUCAUUCUCUGCUGGACACCCUACAUCACGAUGAGUCUCUGGUACGUGAUCGACAACGAAAGCGCCAAGAGUGUCAACUACAUGGUGCAGGAGUCAUUAUUCAUCAUGGCCGUUGGCAAUUCGUGCGCCAAUCCUCUAGUCUACGGCAGCUACGCGAUCGAUUUUAAGAAGGAGUUCUGCCGUUGCUUCCAGUCAUUCACUUCCAGGCAACCCAACGUCGACGUCAAUAUCAUUCAACCGAGCUUGGGUACGAAUUUCCAGAAAUCAACCGAAAAGCCAAAGUCCCCGGGUGUCAGCAAACGAAUCGUUCAUAGCGUGCGACAAGCCGUGCAAGGUCUACUCAAAGUUGGCAGUCAGCAGACUAAAAGUACUGGAUUGAACCCAAAAAUUCUCGUGUCACCAAGUCCGAGAUUAUCAGUGUCGUCGUCUUCCAAAGGAAUCGCCGUUGAGAAGAUGCAGCUUCAGGUCAUUAAGCCGAUCAUCAGGACCGCCAGCAGCGAGGGCGACACCCACGAGCCGAGCAGCGCCGUCGACGACGAGAGGCAGACCGUUUGAAGGCAGGAAACAGCCGUUGUCUUCGCGGCUGACGAGUCGCAUUCUUAUUCGGACAUUCGCGAAGGAGAAACAUCUCCAAUUAUGUCUGUGCAUAUAUGUUCGUUUGACAAAUGUGAUGUUUAGCUCGACGAUAUUUUUCCAAAAUCUGUGUGUGUGUAUGUGUGUGUGUUACACGAGCUGUUCCGCAAAAGCAUCCGCGUGCAAGACACGCGAACUAUACAUACGCUAUGCACAAAGCACGGGAGAGAAAAUAAAAAGAAGAUUCUGUUCGUCAAUAGAUCGCCUGUUUCCAAUUCUUUUACCUGGCCGUUGUCUGCGAUUCCGCUCACUUUCUCCGAUCGAGAGUAACGCCUUUCAGCUCGAUUUUUAGCUUCGGCUGAACUCUCACUCGUCGUUAUUUUUUUAUACAUGCGUCUAGGCGGACUACUUUCGUGGCAAAAAUAAAAUCGAUGAAUUUUUUUUUCCGUGAGUGACGAGGUGGCCAAGCGACGCGAUGGUCGCUUAACUUUUUUUCAACGGCACGUGCGUCCGUUCUAUUUCCUUCGCUUGUCUAUCAUAGCGAACGUAAUAAAAGCGUGCCCGAACGGAGCAA